AAUCUGCGUCCUGGCACUCCCGUGCUGUCUCUCCCAGCUCUCGCCUUCCCCAAACUGUCGCCAGUACAAGUCAAGCAGGAGGAGAUCCUGAUCUCCCUGCAGACCCUGCACCAGAGCCAGAGCCUGAAGAGAGGAGUGCGAGUGAAGAAGGAAUCUCGGAGCCCGAGCAUACACUUCAUGGUUGGGCCGCAUCACCGGACACGCUCCCCUCCACGCCUCCAGUCCCUCUCCUAUGUGACACCGCCUCCGGGCUUUCUUCAGUGCCUUCACCGUCGUCGCUGCCGCAAGGCCGCUCACACACUUGCUCCCCCCAAAGUCCACCUGGCGGACAGCCACAACCACCGCCUCCGCCCCUGGGCCAUCCUCUGCAGUCCUUUGUCCCCCUCGUCGCCGAUAAUGUCCUCCCCUGCUGCCGUCCCUGAUAAGGAGACGUUGAAGCUCCUCCUCCCGCUCCGAUAUGACGGGAAGUCAGUGGUCGAAUGCAACCGCUUCAUCUCGCAGUUGCUCAUCUACUGGACGAUCAACACGGCCCUCUCUUCCCUCGAGCUGAAGAUCCAGGUUGCCCUCAGUCUCCUCGACGGUGAUACGCGAGCUUGGGCCACCCCCAUCUUCUCCCAGCUCGCCUCUGUCCAAAUCGGGAUCCAGGGAGCGACAACCCCCUUCGCCGACGAAAAAGCCUUCCUUAAGGCAUUUAAGGCCCGUUUUGGCAACCUCGAUGAUGCUGCCGCGGCACAGGUAGAGCUCUCCAAGCUCUGUGCCGACAAAACCAUGCGCGAAAAGCGCACCGCCGCAGAGUUUUCUGCGCUGUUCAAGGGUCCGGCGGACCGUUCUGGGUAUGGGAACCUGGAACUACGCGACAAGUACCUGAGCAGCAUCCCUUCCCAUGUCUAUCGCAAACUCGAGCUCGAAACCUUUGCCACGUGGCAAGACGCUGACAAGCGUGCCACUGAGGUCGAGCAAAUCCUUGACGUCAGCCGGGCUCGUCGGCCUAAGCUGAACAGCUUCUUCUCGGCUCGAGGUCGAGGACGCGGAGGGGCCCGUGGUGGUGCGCCC